AUGGCCUGCUUCACGAAGCCGGGCCAGGAGAAGGCGGAGGAGAUUGAAAAACAGAAGCAGGAGCUGACUGAUUUAAAACACCAAGUGCAAAAUGACAAGAAGGUGGUGAAUGAACUUUUUUCUUUGUCCUUCUCAAAUAAGAAACACAGAACUGAUCUUGAUGUCUGCAGAAAAAACAACUGGAAAUGUCAGAAAAAAAUAAGAGAAAUUGGGCAAAUUAAAUUAGAACUGAAAUUAAUAAGGGAGUUCUAUAGGGGACAAGCGGCUAAUGAGAAAGAGCUGGAAGAUAUAAGUUUGUCAAGAGUGAAGAAAAGCACUAGGUUGAUAAAAUGCAGGUUCUGUAGCCAGAACUCACUUAUGCAGCAGACCAGCACUGAGAGAGAAGUAUUUAUGGAUGUUUGUCUUCACAGUGGAUUUGCUUACCAGCUGAAAGGACCAGUGGAAUUGGAGAAAAUCAAACAGAAGUUAGAAGAGGACAAAGGUCUUCUGUUACAGGAGAAGGAAACCACUGAGGGUUUGAUUCAGAAAAUGAUCCUACAGAUCAGUUGCCAGAAAGCACAGAUUGGAGAUCUGCAGCGUAAAGUAGAAAAGCUGGAGAUGGACUUGCAUCACGUGACCACAGAAUCUGAGGGAGAGACUCAGGAAAUACAGCAUCAGGCACUGAUACAAAACCAGGCACGCAUGGUCGAGAUCAAGAAGCUGCAGCAACUACUAGAAAUGAAGGAUCGGGAGAUGAACUGAGUGAAGGAACUAGCCCAGAAUAUCUUAAAUGAGAGGACCACGGUGAAAAGGUUCUUCCUAAAUGCUCUGGAACAUUUGAAACAGGAGAUCAUAUCCAGUAUAAGAAAUAUAUAUAUCCAGCAGUAUAAGAAAAAGGACCAAAGUGCCUAUUACAGAAAAAUGGUGGAGACAUGUGCAGGGAAGGAAGAAUUUUCCAAAAUCAAAACAUUCGAAAGCAACAUAAAUAGCACAAAUUGUGUGUACAGAGACCUAGAAGAAGAAAAUAAACGGUACUGGGAAAAAAUGCAGUUUGAAAAAGUGGGUAUCAGUGAUUUGACAUGGAGGCAAAAAGAACAUGUUCUGCGAUUGCUUUUUGCCAAAAUGAAUGGCACAAAUCCAUGGCAGUACACCAGAGUUCUGGCUACUUCAGUUUCAGCUACUGCUGAUACUAAAGAAGAAAGCAAAACUGGCAGGCUGAAUUACCAGAUUCUUCAUCGUCAUCAUCCUGUGCAAUAAUCCUGCAUAUUCAGUUGUUGACACCACAACCAGCAGCCACAGCAAUUAGUGACUCAUCUGCACUUUUCAUUUGGGAAGUUAUCUUGUGAGCAAAGCUGUAAAUUCUAAAUCCUCUGUCUGCUGCACCACUGUUUUGACUAAGUGUUUGAAAUCCACCUGAAACACAGUUUUUUUCCUCUUUUCUAAAG